AUGAAGGGAAGCAAGGUCCACGAGCACGAGGCCGACGUCCCUGCCUCCGAGCUGUGGGCGAUCUACGGCACGCUCCGCGCCGCGGAGCUCCUGCCGGAGCUGCUCCCGCACGUGCUCGCCAAGGUCGAGCUCGUCAGCGGCGACGGCGGUGUUGGUACCAUCUUGCAGCUAACAUUUCCUCCUGGGAUUCCUGGGCUGCAGAGUUACAAGGAGAAGUUCAUCAAAGUUGACAACGACAACUUUAUCAAGGAGGCAGAAGCCAUUGAUGGCGACAUUCUGAAGCUGGGGUUCCUGGCCUACAUGAUACGGUUUGAGGUAAUUUCAAAAGGGCCCAACUCGUCGGUGAUAAGGUCGACUAUCGAGUAUGAGAUUGAUGAUGCGCACCCAGAACUUGAAGCUAUGGUCAGCACGGCACCAUUGGCUGCAACUGCUGAGAAAUUUUCCGAGCAUGCUAAGGAGAAGAAUGUCAUCCCUCAAGCAACCUCUUGA